AUCUUUGGUUCAACGAGCGAACUUUUCUAAUUUCUAACAAAAGCGAAAAGCAAGAAGUUUUAUCAAUUUGAAUAGAAGUUCAUCCAUAUCCGGCUAGAAGAUGGGUUCGAGUAAACCAAUUUUUCCAGAAUUAAAUCCAGAUGAUCCAGAAGCUACAGAGAUUGAAUCUUUGUGUAUGAAUUGUCAUUCUAAUGGUGUAACUAGACUAUUGCUGACUAAAAUUCCAUUUUUUAUGGACGUAAUAGUAAUGUCAUUUUCUUGUGAAAAAUGUGGAUAUCAAAAUAAUGAAUUGCAAUCUGGCGCUCCUGUUGCUGAAAAAGGAAUUCGAAUAUAUCUUGAGGUUGAAUCUCCCAAAGAUUUAAACCGUCAGGUCGUGAAAAGUGACUAUACUAGUAUUAAAAUACCCAAACUCCAGUUUGAAACAACUUCUCAGAGUCAAAAAGGAGAAGUAACCACUGUAGAAGGAAUCAUUGAUAGAGCAAUAUUAGGCUUAGAGCAAGAUCAAACUGUAAGGAGACAAACUCACUCUGAAGAUGCUGCAAAAAUUGAUGAUUUCAUUGAGAAAUUAAAAACUCUUAAAAAUUUGAAGGAACCUUUUUCUUUGAUUUUAGAGGAUGUCAGUGGAAAUAGUUUCAUUGAAAAUCCUUACUCCCCUCAAAAAGAUAAAAAUUGCAAAAGAGAGUAUUUUUUGAGGACUAAAGAGCAAAACCAUUUAGUGGGUGUAUAUGCUCAUGAUGAAGUGGUAGAUUCUGCUAUCCUUAAACCCAUCCAGGAGGGAGAGUAUCCUUUAGAAAAUUUCGAAGGAGAAGUAUUGCAAUUUGCAACAAAUUGCCCUGGAUGUAAUGCACCUUGUGAAACUAACAUGAAAAUGACAAAUAUUCCUCAUUUUAAAGAGGUAUUGAUUAUGGCCACAGUAUGUGAUGUCUGUGGACUGCGCACAAAUGAAGUUAAAUCUGGAGGAGGAAUAGAACCCAAAGGGCUCCACAUUGAAGUCACUGUGAAUAGUAAAGAAGAUUUUUCAAGGGAUGUUCUAAAGUCAGAAACAUGUCAUCUUGGCAUUCCAGAAUUAGAUCUUGAAGUUGGCCCAAAUGCUUUAGGAGGGCGCUUCACGACAGUAGAAGGUCUAAUUAGUGCAGUUAAAGAACAAUUAUCUGAUCCAAAACAUUCUCACAUGUUUGGAGACUCUAUCGAAAAAGAAUCGAAAGAUAAAUUUCAGGAAUUUUUGAAGAAGUUUGAUGAAAUAUUAGAUGGCAAGUUUAAAGUGACCAUUGUCUUGGAUGAUCCUGCUGGUAACAGUUAUAUCCAGAGCCUUUCCGAAAGUGAUGAACCAGAUGAAUUUUUGAAAAUAACCCACUAUGAAAGAAGUUUUGAACAAAAUGAAGAGUUAGGUUUAAAUGAUAUGAAAACAGAGAAUUAUCAAUAAAAAUUCAUUAUUCAUAUAUUUUAAA